ACAGCUGGAUGACCUCCGACCUUCUCCCGUCUCCCAGAACUUGGAAAAAGACGGGUGGGAGUCCAGGCACAGCGGUCUGUGUGUGUUCUAGCUGAACCUUAGAAAAGGGGGAGUCGAAGAAGGAAAAUCGGGACCUCGGAGAGAGAAGCAGCCUGGGAGGCUGGAAAGAGAAAGAUUUCGAGGACCAGGGUUCUAGCCCCAUCCCUGCUACUCACUACCCAUGGGGUCGGGGGCUCCCCCACCCUCCGUGGGUCUCUGUAAAAGGAUGGCAAAGAUACUAGAAUGGCAAAGAUACUAGCCAUUUCCUUCUCCAGCGGAUUACGGCAAACAGAGGACAAGGAACAUCCAAGAAAUCUGAUUCCAGAACUCUGCAAACAGUUUUACCAUUUGGGCUGGGUCACUGGCACUGGAGGAGGAAUUAGCUUGAAGCAUGGCAAUGAAAUCUACAUUGCUCCAUCAGGAGUGCAAAAAGAACGAAUUCAGCCCGAAGAUAUGUUUGUUUGUGACAUAAAUGAACAGGACAUCAGUGGACCUCCACCAUACAAGAAUCUAAGGAAAAGCCAGUGUACGCCUCUCUUUAUGAAUGCUUACACUAUGAGAGGAGCAGGAGCAGUGAUCCAUACUCAUUCUAAGGCUGCUGUGAUGGCUACCCUUCUCUUUCCAGGACGGGAGUUUAAAAUUACACAUCAGGAGAUGAUAAAAGGAAUCAGAAAGUGCACCUCCGGAGGGUGUUACAGAUAUGAUGAUAUGUUAGUGGUCCCUAUUAUUGAGAAUACACCUGAGGAAAAGGACCUCAAAGAACGAAUGGCCCGAGCAAUGAAUGAAUACCCCGAUUCCUGUGCUGUGUUAGUCAGGCGUCACGGGGUCUACGUCUGGGGAGAAACAUGGGAGAAAGCUAAAACCAUGUGUGAAUGUUAUGACUACUUGUUCGAUAUUGCAGUAUCAAUGAAGAAAGUAGGCCUGGACCCAUCCCAGCAUCCAGCCGGAGAAAAUGGAAUUCUGUAACCCAGGGUUGAAUUUUACCCAGUGACUAAGCUGAAGUCCAAGUCAUGAAUUCAGGAGGAGGAGGAGGAUUCUGUCUGUGCUAUUUUUGUAAAUUUACUGCACAUUCAUAUCAGAUGUAUUUUGUUAUUAAUAUAUCACCGAACGCUACUCACAAAAUAGAAAUUUAUUCUCAGCUUAAUUCAGCAAAUGUUGAUUAUUUCUUCAUGUGAUGUUUUACUAAAACAUGCAAUGUCCUAGCAAGAAUGGAAAUAAAAAUGUUAUCCAACACGGUU